UAUUUCCGGUGCGCCGCGCCGCGCUCUGCUUCGCUGCCCGCCCCUCUGGGAGGCCUGGUUCCUCCUCGGACCGGCGCGAUGGGCAAGAAGGGCAAGAAGGAGAAGAAGGGCCGCGGGGCGGAGAAGACGGCCGCCAAGAUGGAGAAGAAGGUGUCCAAGCGCUCGCGGAAGGAGGAGGAAGACCUGGAAGCUCUCCUCGCGCACUUCCAGGCACUGGACGCCACCAAGACUCAGGUCGUGGAGACACCGUGCCCCCCGCCUUCUCCAAGGUUGCACGCCUCCUUGUCUGCGCAUCCUGACAAAGAUGAAUUAAUCCUUUUCGGAGGUGAAUAUUUCAAUGGCCAAAAAACAUCUGUGUAUAAUGAACUCUACACCUACAGUAUCAGGAAGGACGCCUGGACCAAAGUGGAGAUCCCCAACCCGCCCCCGAGGCGCUGUGCUCACCAGGCUGUGGUGGUGCCCCGAGGUGGGGGUCAGCUGUGGAUCUUCGGAGGGGAGUUUGCCUCUCCCGACGGAGAGCAGUUCUACCACUACAGGGAUCUCUGGGUCCUGCAUUUGGCCACCAAGACUUGGGAGCAAGUAAGGGCAACAGGAGGCCCUUCAGGUCGGAGUGGACAUCGGAUGGUAGCCUGGAAGAGACAGUUAAUACUUUUCGGUGGCUUCCAUGAGAGUACGAGAGAUUACAUCUACUACAAUGACGUGUACGCCUUUGACCUGGACACGUUCACGUGGAGUAGACUGUGCCCUUCGGGGACUGGGCCCACCCCCAGAUCGGGCUGCCAGAUGUCUGUCACUCCCCAGGGCAGCAUUGUCAUCUACGGGGGCUACUCGAAGCAGAGAGUCAAGAAGGAUGUGGACAGAGGCACGCAGCAUUCCGACAUGUUCCUGCUGCAGCCUGUGGAUGGAAGGGAAGGCAAGUGGGGAUGGACGCGUAUUAACCCUGCGGGAGCCAAGCCCACCCCGAGGUCUGGCUUUUCGGUGGCUGUGACCCCGAAUCAUCAGACGCUGCUGUUUGGGGGCGUGUGUGACGAGGAAGAGGAGGAGAGCCUGGAGGGGGACUUCCUCAAUGACCUGCACUUCUAUGACGCCACCAGGAACCGCUGGCUUGCGGGGCAGCUGAAGGGACCUAAGUCAGAGAAGAGGAAACGGAGGAGGGGCAGAAAAGCAGAGCCCGAAGGUGCCGACAAGCAGGAGCGCGGGGGGGCCGGUGCCCAGGAGCCCCUGGAGGUGGUCAGAGAGGUGGUCGCAGAGGACGGGACCGUGGUCACCAUUAAACAGGUUCUUGCCGCCCCAGUCCCGGCGGGACAGCCACAGUCCGAGGAGGAGGACAGCCCCGACGAAGCCAGUGGCCCCGUGGUGGAGCCCAGUCCCCGCUCCAACGCCAUGCUGGCCGUGAAGCACGGGCGGCUCUACCUGUACGGGGGCAUGUUUGAGGCAGGUGACCGCCAGGUCACCCUUAGUGACCUGUACUGCCUGGAUCUCCACAAGAUGCAGGAGUGGACGGCCUUGGUGGAGGCGGACCCAGGAGCUCAGGAGUGGCUGGAGGAGACGGAGUCAGAAGAAGACAGUGAGGAGGGCGCCGAGGGCGGAAGUGACGACGAGGACAGUGGCGACAGCGGCGGGGAGGCUGGGGGCCCGGCUCCGGGCCCAGGGAGGGCGCCGGCUGGCCGUUCUGGAGAUUGCGUCGGGGCCAGACCUGCCUCCCAAGACAGCACCAACCUGGCAGCCGCCAGAGAAGCCCCCACACGCUGCUGUCCCACCACCCAGCCCUGCGUGCACCUGGCCUCCCUCUUCCCAUCACCGGCACCUUCUGGGCUCUGAGGAGGGAGCCCCGGGGAGCCGAGGCUGGGUGGACCGUGGCAGGCCCCGGGGCCACCCUGACCCUCGGCAGUCGCCGCAGCCCAUCGUCCCAGCCAUCCUCUGGCACCUUCUGGAAGCACAAUCACUAGCCCUCUAUGCGUGGAAGAGACCGGCUCAGAGAGUUUGAGAAACUUCUCUACGUCUGUAUGAAUCAUGGUUUCCAGUUGCUGAGAGAGAGCUGGUUUCCCACAGGCUCCACCCAGAGGGAAGGCUCAGCUCCCAUCAGCUGUGAACUUGGGGGGUGACCGUCAUGUGGAGCACAGGCACGGCCCCUCUGUGGAGGAGCUGUAGUGCCCAGGGAGUCCAACGGACUCAGGCGGCACUGAUUUCAGCCCCUACGCACAGGCCUGAUGUGGGGACUCCAGCAAAGGGGGUUUGCACUCAGGUGCGUGAACCUUCCAUGCGCGCACACGUGCUGACAGCCCACACCAGACGAUGCCCCAGCCCAGCGUGGUUGCAGGUGCGGUGACGGGCCCCCAGCUGAGCCUGAGGACAGCACCUUGUAGCUGGGAGCAGGACCUUCCCACCCAGCCGUCCCAGUGGCUCCGACUCAGGCCUCCACGGGGUCUCGGCCGCCGAUCCCAAAGGAGACCCUCUUCCCUCGUAAAACAGGGCAGGAUAACACCAGGGGUCCACGCGUCUCACCUGCCUCGUGUCCUGGCUCCGGGGCACUGCUUCCCAACCCCAGAGAAACCAACACACCGUGGCCUGUCCCCAGGACAGGCAGCCUGUUAUCAGUAACAGGUGAGUUGACAAACGAUCACUGCUACCUGGGGACCUGUUCCCCGCAUGCCAGGGGCUUCCAGAAGCCCCAGAGAAGUCGUUUCUGCCACACGCUGCCCAGCAACCCUGACAUGGGGCCUUCACAUGGUCCCCCGUGUCCCCUGAAACAGAGACAGGUGCCUCAACACAGACGGAGAGAGGAGGCCCGGCCCCGGGAGAGAGAGGCGCUCUUGCUGAUGGAGUGUUCUCGACGCCCCCCUGCCCGGAAGCAGAGCAGCCCCUGAGCUUGGCUCUGGGGAAAUGAUACAGCUUUUCCACAGAAUGUUCCACGGGCUGAUCUGGGAUAACGACCAUUUCAUUAAGCUGUAACUCCACCCACACCGUUCACCCGUGGAACACCUACGCUGCAGUGGUUUUCAGCGUCUUUACGGUCAUUUUUAGGACACCUUCAGCACCCCGAGACCCCGUGUCCUUCAUCAUCAGUCACCGCCUCCCCACAGCCCGAGGUACCCACCCCACCACUUCCCCCUCACCGGGUGGACCUGCUCUGGGUGCUCCCCAGCCAACUGACUGUUGUGUGACUUAUUUUAACUGAAGUGAAGUUCACAUGACGAAACACAAGUGCACAGCUGGGGCACUGUGUUCACUGAGCUGUGUAUCCACCGUUUCCGCCGGGCUCCAGGGCGCGUCCGUCACAGAGGGGUCCGAGCCUGUCACCCGGAGCACAGGCACGGCCCUGUCACUCCCGCCCCCACCUUGCCCCAGCGUGGGCAGUUCCGAGCCACCUGCUGCGGUGGACAAAGCACCCGCCAUGGUCUCGGCCUGAUGGCUUGUGGCUGCUGCAUGCGACACUGGGUGUGGCCCUUAUCCUGGGACCUGGGGUCAUCGUCUGGCAAAGGAGCGUGAAUUGUGGGACCCGAGCAGGCGACGACCACCCUCGCCUCUCAGACACCCUCGCGCAACAAGUCUGGGAAGGUCUGGCCCUCGGGUGCCUGGCGGGCUGCCAUCGGUGACAGAAUGCUGAAAAGGGAGUAUGUUAUGGGGCCUGUAAGCCGAG